AUGCCUUCCGAGACAUACCAAGCCCACCCGGCAGCGGUGCCGGACGGGGGCCGAGACGGAGGUCCCGAUACUUCCGCCCCCCACGACGGCGCCGCCCCGCACCAUUCCGGCCGACCUGGAACGGCCACCAGCACCGCCGAGAUCGAUACCACUCUCGUCCACCCCGGAUCCGUGAAGAUAAAUGUCGAAGGCGCCUUUAUCGUCGAUCAGGGGAGCACUUCGCCGGGGAAUGGCAGAGGCUCCCCUAAUCACGACACGAAGGAUAUCCGGCUGCCAAACCAUACCGCCGUUGUUAGUCAUGUUGCUAUUGACAUUGGCGGCACUCUGGCGAAACUCGUCUACUUCUCUAGGGAAGCACACUCUACCAACCCCGGCGGUCGCCUGAACUUCCUCAUCUUCGAGACGGACCGUAUCAGUGACUGUAUUGAGUUCAUGAAGCAUCUGAAAGCCAAGCAGCAGGCACUCAACGGUUCUAGACCCGGCGAGCUGUGUGUCAUGGCGACGGGCGGUGGUGCCUACAAGUACUACGACAUGAUCCGCAAAGAAGUUGGCGUUAAUGUGCUGAGGGAGGAUGAGAUGGAAUGCUUAAUAAUUGGUCUUGAUUUCUUCAUUACCGAGAUCCCUCGCGAGGUCUUCACAUAUUCAGAAACCGACCCCAUGCACUUCGCCGAGCCGUCAGACGACAUAUACCCAUACCUGCUGGUCAACAUUGGCUCCGGUGUUUCCUUCCUCAAGGUGUCAGGGCCGCGCAAUUAUCAACGAGUGGGCGGUACUUCCCUUGGAGGAGGAACGCUCUGGGGCCUGCUGAGCCUCCUGACAGGGGCCCGCACCUUUGACGACAUGCUUGACAUGGCAUCGCGCGGCGAUAACUCCAAGGUGGACAUGCUAGUGGGUGACAUCUACGGGACCGACUACGGCAAGAUCGGGCUGAAAAGCACGACCAUUGCCAGCUCCUUCGGGAAGGUGUUUCGCAUGAAGCGGGAGGCCGAAGAGGCGGCCGAGGACAGCGGCGGCCUCAACAAUGGUGACAACUACUACCACUUCCAAGAGCAAGAGCAACCACAGCAACACCACCGCCAACAAUCCCGUGACUCCCUACCUUCCUGUGUCUCACCACCGGAGCCCUCGCGAACCGCCGCCAACUCGGCAACCCCCGACCACCCCGACGACCCGUGCGGCAGGCACCCGCAGCCGUGCUUCUCGAGCGCCGACAUCUCGCGGUCGCUCCUGUACGCCAUCAGCAACAACAUUGGGCAGAUCGCCUUCCUGCAGAGCCAGAUCCACAACCUGUCUGACAUCUACUUUGGCGGCAGCUUCAUCCGCGGCCACCCGCAGACCAUGAACACGCUCAGCUAUGCCAUCAAGUUCUGGAGCGGCGGCUCCAAGCAGGCCUACUUCCUGCGCCACGAGGGCUACUUGGGCGCCGUUGGCGCCUUCCUCAAGCGCCAGCCCCGCAACUGGGGCCGCAGGGGCAGCUUCGAGGCCGAGAUGCUGCUGGCCCGGCAGCAGGCGUUCGAGGCGAAGGAGAACCAAUCGGAGCUUGGAGCGGUGAGGGAGCAUGGCGGCAGUAGUGAUGGCGGUAAUGACGAUGCUGUUAUUGUUUGA